GAUGAGCGCGCUCCGACGGCUGGUUGGCGCGGCUGCCGCGGCGCCCGGCUCACUGCUUCGCCGCCACGACCCCGCCCCGAGGGCCGACCUGCUCUGGCUGGCCGCAGCGCCGCCGCGGCCCGCGCGGCCAGCCGGCCUGCAGCUGGCCGCCCCGGCCUCGCUCCGAGAGCCGGCCUGCGGCUGGGCGCCCCUGGCCGAUCGCCCGGCUGGCCGUCCAGGGCCGCCGGGCGUUGCGCCCGCGGUCAGCGGCCGCCUCCUCUGGCCUGGCGGCGCCACGCCGCAGCUCGCGGAGGCGGCUGCGACGCUGCUGGAGCCGCCCGGGGCGCCGCCGGUGUCGGCUCCGGGCGGCCGCGCCAGCGCGGUGCCGCUCAGCGCGCUGACCUCCGGGAAGGACUACCGCAAGUGGAAGAAGAGGCGCAAGCGGGACGGCGGCAGGGACAGGAAGUACAGGCUGAAGUACGGGGCGUACUGGAGCGUGAUGCAGAGGAGAUGCCGUGGCAAUGCAAACAUCCGAGGGUCAGCAGCCCUCGGGCUCGAGGGAGCAGACGACGCCGACCGUGAGGAGCGAGGCAUCGUGAGGAGCUCCGAUGGCGUGGACGGGGAGGAGCGAGACAGCGCGAGCAGCUCGGAUGACGUUGACGGCGAGAUGCGAUCCCGCCGGGGGCGGGGCCAGAGGAGGCCCCGCGGGAAGGCCGUCAGGGAGUACCCGCCGGCAGAGACCAUUGCGGAGAUGCUGCCGUCCUUGCAAGAAGACUCCCGGGUGAUUUUGCAGUCCCGGCGCAUCGUAAAGCCAAGCCCAAUCCAGGCGCUGGCGAUACCGCACUUGAUGGACGGCGUGAGUGCGAUUCUGCACGCGGAGACAGGGUCGGGAAAGACGAUGGCGUUCUUGUUGCCGCUCUUGGAGCGUGCGCGUUCAUUUGAGGAGGCGUCGGAUGAGCCUAGCACGGUGCUUGUCCUCGUCCCGACCCGGGAGCUUGCCGUACAACUGAAGUUAGAAGCGGAGGACCUCACGGUGGGCAGAGUGGCCAUGUUGGCGACGUCAACGACACCAUAUUGGAGCACAAUAUCGGAAGCUACGCUUGUCAUUGCGCAGCCGAUGGAGCUUCUGUAUAUCCUUGAAAAGCAGGACGAGGAGCAGCAGCGAGUCUUCUUCCAGAGGGUACGCGGUUGCGCCAUCGACGAGUUUGACGAGCAGAUUAAAAAAACUGACUACCAUAAAAAGGGGCGAGUUCCAGACCAGCCACAGGGCGUGUGGCCUGCAGAGGUCGCCAUCAACCGGCUCCUCAAGAUGAACGACUAUCCGGGUCUGCAGAUAGUAGCGGCGUCGGCAACAUAUCAUGGUGGCUCGGCCAAGAAAUUGAAGCAAGUGCUGGGCUACGAUCCGCAGAAUCGGUUUGGUCGUGGCCUGACGCUGCUGAGGACGUCAAGGAUGGUGCGGGCGGAUGUUGAAGAGUCCGCAAAGCAGCCCGUCUGGGACAGGUCUCGUGGCAAGGGCGAGCGGUUUGCUGCGCUGCCACGGGGCAUCACGCACGCGCCGAAGUCGGCGCUCGUGUUCGUGUGCCCCAGCGCGGGGGAGUCGAUCAAUAGCAUCGUGGAAGACCUCCAGGAGAGCGGCUGGGAAGGCGCGCGGGCACUGACGAAGUCGCUGUUCCCGGACUCGAAGCAGGCGCAGGAGGGCUUCAGACGGCAGCGCAAGGGGGAGCUCAGCGCAGAGUCAAGGAGCUUCCGCAGCGCGAGCCGGCUCGAGGAGUUGCGGGAGGAGACGCAGGCUGGCAGUGACGGCGACAUUCCCCCUCUCGAGUCGCCGGUGAUCGUCUGCCCCGAGAAGAGCGCCAGAGGGCUGCACCUUGAUGCCGUGCAGGCAGUCUUCGUCAUCGGCCAGCCCUCGUCCGCGGCCGCCUAUAUGCACAUGGCGGGCCGCACCGGCCGCCUCCCGUACCCGUACGGUGCGUCUGUGCUGGUGGCACGCCCACGCGAGGCCGCGAAGGUCAUGAAUGGCUUCCGUGGCGACACGCUGGUCGGGGACUGGAAGGAGCUCGGCAAGGGUAGCCCCGGGUACGCCGGCGGGGCGCAGGGCAGGGACGCGGCGGAGGCCGCCGUGGGGCAGGCCACGGCGGUGCGGUCUCGCGCAGCACAGAGCCUGGACGCGGCGCUGUGGCGCUGA